AUGAACACGCUGAAAUUGACUUCGGGCCGCGAAAUUGCGUACUUGAAUGAAGUGGAAGUACGCAUCGGAAUCGACGAGAACGACGGAGAGGCAAAGUACGGAAAUGAGCUGAAAAGUGUGGAGAGCUCGGAUAUUACGGUGCACAAGUACGAGGGAGGAUUCAAGGUUUUUAAGGAGCUUUUCUUUUGAACAUGAAACUGUAAUAAUACUAUUCAGAUCUGGGAAUGCACAAUCGAUUUAUGCGAAUUUAUCGAAGAGAACAGUGCGAAAUUCGCGGGCAAAUCGAUUUUGGAGCUCGGAUGCGGAGCCGCUUUGCCGUCGGUUUUGGCCGCGAUUCACGGAGCGAAAGAGGUUUUCGCUCAGGAUUUUGUACGUUUUUCUUUCAGAAUGAUUCCAGAAUUCUCAGCAAUUUUCAACCUUUCAGAACGCCUCCGUCAUCGAGUUUUUCACUUUGCCCAAUUUCGAAGUGAACGAACAUUCGGCGAAAAUUAGCGGCGAAGCGAUGGGAUGGGAUGAGGUGCCGGCGAAGUUGCAAGAAAAACAGUGAGCUUAAAAACGGUUUUUCGGAUGAAAACUUUUGAUUUUUUUGCAGAUUCGACUUUAUUCUCUCGUCGGAAACCAUCUACAACGAAGACGACUACCCGGCCCUUCAUGACGCCGUCGCCGCAACGCUAAAAUACGACGGAAUUGCGUUAGUUUUUGAUUUUUCGGCAAUUUUUCGGCAAUUUUCGAUAAUUAGGCGAAAGCUGAAGUGAAGAAGCACCUGAAGAUCGUUAUGUGAUAUAAUUUCUUCCAAAAUUUACACACAGGCGUUUUCUAGGCCGCGGCCCAUCGGCCACCGCUGAUUUAGCUCAAUUUAACCGGAAAAUGAUGUAAAAGUUGAAAGAAAUUAUUAUUUUUGCAGAUACUUCGCCGCCAAGUUCUUCUAUUUUGGCGUCGGCGGAAAUGUGCCGGCUUUCUGCGAUUUUGUGAACAAAAAAGGGAUUUUGACGGCUGCCGUCGUCAAAAUCAUUGCCGCAUCGGUGCCGAGGAGGAUUGUGGAGCUCCGUAGAAGAAUUUGA